AUGGUUGUUGAUGAACCAGACGAGGAUGUAGAUGAGCGCGAGAGCUGGCUCACACUUCGGAAAGCAAUGGUUGACUUUUUGUUGAUCAGGAAAAGACUGUUUCCGUCACAAGCUUUCUUGCAGAAUAUGAGCGUCCGAGGAGGCCCGAAUGUGGCAAAAAGUUGCUACUUGGAAUCACUGCUGGCGAGAAACUUUGUCCUCAAGUGCGCUUGCUCCGCUGCCGGAGGAAAGGCAUCCGAAGUCUUCGUACCAUGCCUGACAUUGAAGACCAGUCUGGACACAGUGAUUCAGCACAGGGUCCGGGAAUGUGAUUUGCAGCUUCCGGAGUCAUAUGAUGUUGAGGCUUUUGCGACGUACUUGCACAGUCACCUUCAUCGUCGAGAGAACGUUCAAAUCUUUGCAGCUUUUUGGAAGCACAUGAGCACAGCGAAGCACAAGAAAGCUGGCAAGCCGACAGCGCAGGAGAAGCAACGAAAGGCAGACAUGCUAGGCAAAGCUCAGCAUCUUCUUGAUGCAGAGAAACAUGGAGAUGAUUUGUUGGAGAAGUUUCACGCAACAACAAAAAGAAGAACCGCGCACAGGAUUGAAGAGGUGAAAACAGAGGACGGAGAGAAAAGCAAGGCUAAGGGCGCUUUGGCUUCAGUAACGUGCAGCUACCACUAUUCUGGGCCCACCACGCUUCGCACUCGGAAGCAGGCUUCGGAGUUUAGCGCACAAAGAAUGAGUCGACGAGUGCAAGCUGUGAUUUUGCCACACACGCACGACCUAGACAUUGAAAACAGCCUCUUCACCUUGAUAGCGCAGUUGCUGGAGAAACUCGAUGUGGAUCCGGCCAUGCCUGCAGACACCCGGAAAGCUUUGGAUUUGUGCGCCCAAAACCGCGCACGGGUUUGUGCGGAAAUUUUGUCUCUACCUGGCUCGCGUGGAAAGCAGUUGCUCGUCUCCACUUUCUACGGCGGGUCUGUGUCGCCAGAAUUGCAAAAGCUGGACUUUGCGCACAACUUGCAAAAAGUUUCGGUGCAUUGCAAAUGGGUAGCUAUUUCGUGUCUUUCUGAUGAAUAUCGCGCCUUUCUGCAGGAUAGCAAAAAAACCAAUCCAGAAGGGUCACUUCUAUCAUACCUCUACACUGCCUGUGAAGAUGUUAUUCUUUCUCAUUGGGUGCAAUUCUUGAUGGAGACCUUUCACCCUCAGCACCUCUCUUUGCAUUAUGAUGGGGUCCGGAUUAGCACUGUGGACGCUGUUUCUAUAGCAGAUGUCUGCACGCAGAGUGAAGCCUACAUCAAGCGGAUGACAGGCUUCGAAGUCCGCAUUCGGGAAAAGACUCACAAGCUUGUACUGCAGGCCAUGAAAGAAGCUGCUGUCGCAGGUCCUGCUGUUUACGCAGCUGACGACGUGCUGUGCAAAGCAGGGAACUGCAUUCCACAUGCGCUGGCGUGCCUGGAAAUGCUGGAGCCAGGUCACAUGUAUGUGCUCAACAAUGGGACAGACCAAAACAAUGUCUACAUGCAGCAGCGUGGCUCGCGCACUUACAGGCAAUGCAUGAACAUGUUUGGCUGUUCUUUCUCCGUAGCCUUGCUGACGGACGGGGAAGUGCCCGAAGGCAAGUUCCUACUACAUUGUGAAAAUGGUGGGCGGCCACAUUGUGUGGGAGUGCAUGUUACGCAGGAGUCAGAAGAGGUUGGUCAGCAGGUCACUAUGUGGGAUGUUGAUGGUGUGUAUCGGCUAAGCGUGGCUAGCUUCACCGACGCUUUGUUGCGAGGAACUGAUGCUUCCACCUCUGUAGGUUUUUGGUUGCAGGCAGACAAAUCGGAGGACUUGGAUGAAGCUCUCGAAAGGCUGCUGGACUUGGGAGCAGGUAGUUCUGAGGAGGAAACGGUCGCGGAAUCCUGUGAUGAGAUGCUUGCAGAAAGUUGUAUCCUGGAGGAAGGUGGAGUGCAGGAAGAGGAACCCUUCGAAUGGUUGGACGAGGAAGGGACCGUUGUUGUGGAAGAGGCUUUACUAGGCAAGCUCCAGGCAGAGGUUGACGAGCGCGUGACCAAGUCAGCUGAUUGGAAGAGUAGAGGCACCAUGCCUUGUCCACUGUGUCCUUUUCGCACGUUCCAUCGCCGAGAUCACUGGGAGCGCCAUGCGCGCAGGUAUCACAGCAGGAGACAGCAAUACUGUUGUUCAGGAACGAAACAGCUACGUAUUGUGAUCGCUCUCCAUGAUGCGGACCAGCUGCACCGACGCAGAGGCCGGAACUAUCUCCAAAGGUCUGCAGAUGUGUUGCGCCGAUCUGUUCGACCAGCCCUGUCUGCAAAAUGCAAUGCCAUCGACAAGCACAUCCGGCUGCUUUUGGAUGGAUCUGGACCUAAGGUGGUGCAUGCUGAAUAUUUAAAGGCAGGCGUCACUGCUCGCCGAGUUGGACGACUGUGGUACACCCAUUCCUUUGCUGAACAGGUGUGGCAAGAAAUGCUGCUUCACCAUGGAAAGGCCGGUGUGACCAGACAUGCAGUGUCAUUGUUCAAGGCGGCAGCGCUGCGGCCUCGACUACUGGUGAAGGCAUUGAACGCAGGCAACCACAUCGCAACGCUCUUACCAACACAUGUCAAUGCAUGGUGGCCCCUUGUGGAAGAUAUUUUUUCAUCCGCCGCAUGCCAAAGUCUCCGGGCCGAUUUGCUGGAGAAAGCAAUUGCGCAUGGUGAAUGUUCCUACUUGUCUGUGGAUGGCACCUUCAAGGUUUGCUUGCCGGUGAUGGGCCAAGCGCACUUCAAUGCUUCUGCUGGUGUGAGGGCGAGCUUUCCAUUUCAGGACGGUGAGGCUUACACGCGGGUGCUGUCUGUGCGAGGUCGCAGUGGGGCCGUUCUUGCAUUAGAGCCUUCUGUCGGAGAAAGCCCUCCACACAUCGUCGCUUGCUUGCAGACUUGUUUGCCCCAGGCAGGCCUUCUGCAAGUAGAACAUUUGGCCACAGACAGUCCGAACGAAAAUUUGCUGGCUGAGUUGACAAAUGUGUGUCCCAACUUGAAAGCCUUGUCGUUGGAUCCGACCCAUGCAGCCAUGAAGUACGAGCAGGCAUUGGUAGGGAAAAGAUCAGCUGGUUCCAGAUUGCUGCGAUCUUUCUUGGUGAAGUUCACGGCGCACGACCCGAAUGUAGAAAGCAACAUUUGGGGCCCUUUCUAUGCAGGCGGGCCUGUGCCUGAGGUACGGCAAGAAGCUAAUCUGCGGCAGCACAUCUUGGAUGUGUCCAUGUCUAAAGCCCGAGCCCGCCGGAUUUUGCAGAGUGCUGAGCAGCUUCUGAUUUGGCCGACUCGCAUUCAGUUCAUAGAAGCAGUGGCUGCUUUAGCAGCGCUGCAUUCAGAUGAUAUGCAGAAAAAGAUUGACGGUUCGAAGUUCACAGUGGCAAAGUUCUUAUACAAACUUACAGCUGCAGACAAAGUCGAAUGGCUAACCAACAACUUACGCUACCGACAGUUUUUGCCUGCAUCUCGGAGGAUCCUUCUCCUGAGCGGAACAACUGCCAAUGAGGCACUGCAUGCAGAGCUAAAUGCAUGGUACAGACAGGUGCAGCAGAUGCACCGAAGCACCCUUGCUUUGAAACUGGGUAUGCAAACGAUCGGAAAGCUGCUUAGCCACCAAACAGCGCUGCAUUGGCCUACAACAGUACAAAUGCCUCACGCCAUGGUCCUGGCGGCAGCUACAACGAAGCCACUCUGGACAAAGAGGACUUGGAAACUGCGGGUGCAGGAGCAACGCGAAAGCGGAGUAGAACCAUUGCAGCGCCUUGUGCAGAAAAAACGUGACAAGGCAAGAAUUCGCAAGUUCAAGCGGCCUGCAUCAACAGAAGUUCGCCAACGCAAGCGAACUCCGUUCACUUUGGAGCGAAGAGCUGGAAUUAAACGAACCGGCGUCCACAGACGACGUCCGGCUUCGGCUUCUGUUGGAUAA